AUCAUAUCGUAUUCCUGUAAAGAUGAGUACAAGGAUGUCCUCGUAGAGUGUUAUGGAAUAACUCAGGAACCUGGAACAUUGGAUUUUAUCCUUGUCUUAAAUCAUUUAGAAUGUAACCUACAUCAAUUCUUAACAGAUCACAAUUAUGCGCUCACUUGGAAACAAAAGUUUGAUAUUAUCG